CGUGAUCGCUCGGUGCGGCCGAGGACGGCGAGGAGGUAAACAUUGUACAGUACGAUUGGCCGGCCCCGUGGCGGCGCGUCUUUCGCUUUUUCGUCUUGGCUUCGUAUUUUACGUGAAGAAGAGGAGCGAUUCCCUUUCUUUCCGAGUUUUGCGCGAUCUCAUCUCGAGUGCAAGUUCCUCGGUUUUCGGCUUCGCGGAUCCCUCGCCGACUGGCUGGAUCAAAAUCGGGAUUCUGCGAGUCUACUCGUUGUUGGCGCUGUCGCAGACUCUUCCGGAUGUCGCCGAAACGAAGGACGAUGACGACCAGCGCCCAGAUUUUGGAUUACACUAGGGUGUAACGUGGCGGUGUAGUCUGCCGUCCUCGAUGUUGGGCUAUUAUCAGACGGAGUCCGUGCCGCCGAAUCCAGCGAUGUCGAUGUCGGCGCCGGGUAGCGGGAUGGCUGCGGCCGGCUUAGAGACGAUGAGCUCGGUGAAGAGCUUGGUGUGCAGCCCAGAUCUCACAAUAUUCGCGGCUACGCCAGGAUGCAGCGGGGUCGAAGGCGUGGGUCCGGCCAGUCCAACGACGGCGGAGGUCGGGAAAUACCAGUGUCUACUCUGUCAGAAGAGCUUCGCGCAGAAGAGCGUGUAUCAAAGUCACCUAAGGUUGCACGGCAAGGACGGCGAGGACCCGUAUCGCUGCAACAUCUGCAACAAGACGUUCGCGGUGCCGGCGCGACUGACGCGUCACUAUCGCACUCACACUGGUGAGAAACCGUACCAGUGCGAGUACUGCAAUAAGUCGUUCUCGGUGAAGGAAAACCUCAGCGUGCACCGGCGCAUCCACACGAAGGAACGGCCGUACAAGUGCGAUGUGUGCGGACGCGCGUUCGAGCACAGCGGCAAGCUGCACCGUCACAUGCGCAUCCACACCGGUGAACGGCCACACAAGUGCACCGUAUGCGCCAAGACGUUCAUACAGAGCGGCCAGCUGGUGAUACACAUGCGCACGCACACCGGCGAGAAGCCGUACGUGUGCAAGUCAUGCAAGAAGGGCUUCACCUGUUCCAAACAAUUGAAGGUACAUACGCGCACCCACACUGGCGAGAAGCCCUACACCUGUGACAUCUGUCGCAAGGCGUUCGGCUACAACCACGUGCUCAAGCUGCACCAGGUGUCGCACUACGGCGAGAAGGUGUACAAGUGCACGAUCUGCAACGAGACCUUCGGCUCCAAGAAAACGAUGGAGCUGCAUAUCAAGAAGCACCCGGAGUCACCGGCAUCCGUUACCUCCACUGUCAUCGACAGCGGCAUCUCCUCGCCUGCGGCGAUCGGUUCGCCGAUCGAACCGGAUGUCGAAAUUUCUCAGGGUAUCGGCGGCAGCGGCAGUGGUAGCGGCAGCGGAAGCAGCGGUAGCGGCGGCAAUCUUGGUCCGGUCGCGAUCCUGGCAAGUCCAAAUUUACCGGGCAUCGCUGUCGACAACAAGGAGAACCUGAAGACUGAAGAACCCUAUCCGGAUUCGACAUCGAACGCUUACGUCGUUCAACGCGACCUUGCGUACUAUCUCUAUUCCGGCAACAAGGAGCAGCAGUAUUCCCAGCCAUUAAUGACACCGUCGAACACAGCGGAACCCGUCCUCGCUGACAUCGACGAGAAGCGCUUCCAAGCGAGCGUGGUGGUGAGCGCGCCGCUGGAACCAGUGGCCCAUCAUGUAUUUUUCUAUCCUGAGCCAGCGUACGGCAGCUUCAGUUUGACCACCAGCAGCGACGUCGAUCUCGAUGCCACCGACUGUUCGUCUCUUCUAAAUCUGCCGGGUAAUGACGCGCGUCGAAGAGUCGAGGCCGCCCUAGAGGCGGUCGAGGAAGAACGUCAGAGGCAAGAAUACAGCGCCGGGAUUGUCAAAGUUGAUCGGGAUCCAUUGCUCACGCCACCGUGCAGCAAUCCCGAGAGCCCGGCGUCGUCGCCUGAUCUGGCCCUGGAUCUAGCGAUACCACCGCGGGAGACGCUGAUCUUGCCGCCCAGGAAACGCAGCAAGAUGAUUCUUCAGUCUAUGGAGAGCGAAUACAGAAGAAGCGGCGGUGGUAGUGGCGGCCUAAUUGCGACCUCACAAAGACAAAAUUCUGUCAUACAGUUUGCGCGAGCUUCAUAGUGAACGUGCCGAAACCGCCAGCAAAGCUUCGCGAAGAUCGCGAACUUUAGAAACUGGAAGAAAGGAUCCCCCGGAAGGUAUCCCACUUUGGUAAUACCGAGAUCCAGAGCUGAAAAGAAUCGAUUUGUUCCUUUGGCUAGUGUAGGGCGAAUUUAAGAGGAAGGAGAACUUAAAGUCAUCGCGAGUUUUGCUGGUUUUCCAACGUUAAAUGAUAAUCGCAAAGUGUGUAACGAGCAACGGACUUUUAACUCGUCAACCGCGAUGCGAAACUGCGUUCGACAAGCACGGCGGCGCGGGCGUUUCGUUUUCGAAAUCGGACGGAAGAGGAGAUGCUCACGUGCCUCUUGGAUAAAUCCUGAACGUAACCAGUAAAUUGUAGCUCGUUGGCCUUGCUUAACUUUCCAUUCGCAAUCAGCAUGAUCUGAGAAAAAGCCGAUCGCGCCAAGUUAGCUCGGCGAUCGAAGCCGCGUUUGUUACUUAAUGACAUUUAAUAACGGUUAAUGCAAUCCAUCCACGGAUUGCGUGUAUUUUCCUAACGGCUCACGGGCAACAACACUCGCAACUUUUCGAUCUUGUUCGAUAGCCUCUUAGUCUUUUGAGGCUUUAACGUUACAUAUGUAUGUUAGAUGCGUGAGAGAUGUAAAGAGAGACUGGAUAUAUUCCUCGAUCGCGAAAAGAUCGCAUAGAUCGUGAGCGUGCAUCAUGAGGUAGUCGCGCGUACGCAAUUACUAUAGCUAUUAAAAAAACGUAAUCUCGUUAAACCAAAUUUUUUGGAUAAAAAUGUAAAUAAUGUUUGGAAAGAAAGGAAAGCUUAUAUUAAAAACGGAGAAUUUUUUUUAUGGAAAAAUCUGUAUGUUAAUUUUAGAACGUUAUACACGAAUACACAUACGUAUUUCACUUCUUUAAAAGUUUUCUUGAAAAUUUUAUGUUGCGUUUAAUUUAAAUAUGCUAUUAAAAAUAUAUUAUUUAUAUUUUUUAUUUAUUUUAUGUACAUGUUGUCUAUAUUUCAAGUAUAUGGUAGAUUUAUGAUGCGAGGGGUUACGUCUUUUUAACAUUGUGCGAUUCGUAAUAGAGCGGCCACAGUAGAGUACUACAAGCAUCUGAUGCACAAUUUUUAGUAUUCCUGAAAGAGAGAAUGUGCCUGUGGUAAAAAGGUGGUUUGUUCAAGUAUAAGAGAAAUAUGUUAGAUAUAUUUGUGGUAUUUGGCUACUGUAAAUUUACAUUGUAGGGCAGCUAUUGCCAGCAAUAUUUAGCGGUCAGUAAUCAACGUACAAAAUGAUUAAAGCUAUAUUUAAAUGGCCGGCCAACUUUGUGAGAUGAUUAUCGCUAGCCAUACAACUGCCGAAUAUAUCGUGGUCAACUAAUCGAUCAUCAUUAACGCAAUUAUCGAUUAAUGCAAUAUGAUAUGGAAGAAAGUGUUGACCGUUCAGUGUAUGAAGGUUCAUUUGUUGAGUAGAGCGAGGCAAGGAAUUGUAACUCGGACGUUUGCACGUAUUACCUCAUCGCUGCACGCGAGCGAUGUCUCUUUUUUUUUUUUUUUUUUUUUUUUUAAUAAUUUAUACGCCCGCUUUUGGGUAUAACUUUCGACGUCGUGUAUUUGUCAUGUGUAGUUGUCUAACUCAUGCCGAUCGACUCGCCCUUCGCUGUGUCGGAUGCACGCUCGAAGGCCGAACAUCUAAUCUCUUGCCAGCCUUAACAAGACUGACGUCAGUUUAGCCUCGUUAGUGUCACGAUUCGAUUUAACGAGGAGUUGCCGGUGUCAAUAUCAUCGUCACUGUUUGAAUAUUUGCCAAUUGUGUAAAAGAUGACAAAUUUAAAACAGAUCAUGUAUUUUUUAGCGCAUAAGUAUAUUAUUCUCGGCAGUUUGCUAUAAUUUUAUAAAAGUAACACACGCGAUAGACGUGCCUAUGUGCCUGUCUUAAUUUGAAAUCCCAAAGUAAGAAAAAAAAUUUAACUUAUUAAGGAUUUCAAACAUUUAACAACUUUUAUAAUAACUCUCCUCAAGUUCAGAAAAUUAAGAAUUUUAUUUUUUAAAUCAUAACUUUUAUCAAAAACUAAUUUGUGCUACACUUGGAAUAAAUAUGUUCCAUCUGACAUCAUAUUGUAUUUAAUGUAACAGAAUAUUAUUUGCUCGACGACUAUGCCACUGGAAUCUCUCGUAUCAAACGAUUAGAUCGGACGGGCGAAUUUUUAUUCGUCGACAAUUUGUCAGAAAAUUUAGAUAAAUUUUCAAAGAUUCCGGGGCGAGUUUUGCCAAAGUCGAUUAAUUGUCAACCACAGGUCCAAUUUACGCCUUUGCCACCUUCCAGUCUAAUACUAGAGAAAGAUAGAGAAGCUCAAUAUUAAACACACUAAAGUCAGAUUGAUCAACUUUGGCGAAAUCGACCGUGUGGAUCUUUGGAAAAUCUAUGAAUUUUGCUCCCACAAUCAUACGCUUUCGAUUAUAUUAUAUAUAUUUAUACGUAGGUAUAAUACAGAUAAUAAGAUACAGCUUGCAUAUAAAAGAUACGGAACAAGACCGACAAACUGAAUUGACGACGGAAGAGGCAAGGAAGGAAAACGGACCUUAAUGGUAUCGUCGCAGUUGUUUAUCGCUUUUGUGAGAAUUCGAAAUCGGUCGUUAUUUAGUGCGUGGAAAUUAGUGCGUAAUAUAUAUUAAUCGGCAUAGAGCCAGAACGAUAUAUCGCUGCGGAAUUGUAAGAAAGAAAGAAAGAGGAUUGACAGCGCAAGUAAGGAUGGUGGAGAUGGAGGAGGAUGGAGAUUGGGGAAGGGGGAAGGGGGAGAAAAGUGCACCAAACAAUUUAAUAUCUCUGUGAUAAGAACUCCAUAGUACCAGAGUAUUAAUUAAGCGGAGCCGAGCCCACUGCCAGAGUACAAGCGUAUAUGUGCACAUGCAUGCUAGUGUGAUGCGAAACUACAAUGACACACCGUAUAACGGUAACGAUAUACUAUCGCGACGGAACUCAGUUUGAUACAGGAAGAUUUUCAACUUACGUAAACUCUUUGUCGAUUUUUGAAACUUUAAAGUAAUCUCACGGAAAUUCUAAAUCGCAUAGAUAAAUUACAAAUCCUAAAGUUAUAAAUCCAAAAUUUUAAACAAAUUCUACAUUCUGGUCGACGUAUUUUACAUUUUAUGAUUUUGAGUUUUUUAGAUCCCAUCUAUAGAUUUUUGUUUCUUCAAAACGUAUUUGUUAUCCAACAAUCGAAUCUUUUGUCAAAUAUUUUUGGAUACUCUAAUACAUCAUAUUUAAAUUAGCCUGGCAAACCGAGCUCUGCCGCAAACAAUGCUGAUAGUAAUAAAAUACACGCCCGCUCGCGACGCCUGGCUACCGUAACAUGCGUGUACAUAUAUGCGUUCAUCCAAGUUCACAUAACAAUAACGAGUAGUGUAACUUGUAUCGUGUAUUCGCACAUAUAAUAUUCGCAAUCGUCACGAGAGCACACCGCGCAGCCCACUCUCUACUUACUUUCGAUACCCUUUUAGCGUUGAAAAUAGUGCAAUCGUAAUUUUAAGCUCGACCGGUCACGGACCGCAUCUUACCAAUGUAUAAACUCUUCCAUGAUGGACUUUUUAUAGAAACUAUGUUUUCAAGUAAUGUAAUUUAUUACGAGAUAUGUCAUAACAAAAAAUUCUGAAGCUGGGAUUCGGAAGCUACGAAGGAGGGGGGUUGUUAAAAUUCACUCACGUUUGGAUUAACUCUAAAAAUUUCGAAAUUUUAAUUUUAGAGGGACUUUAAUUGCUCCCUGACGACAAUUGUAAUUGUAUGACGAAUGUAAGCCGCGCGGUGUAACGCGAAUUGAGAGUGUUAAUUAUUAUAAGUAUUACAUAUUAAUGACGAGAGGAAAAGUAGCAUAACAACGUCACUAUAACUAGCAUAGAAUGCCUAUUAUUAUUAUUAUUUCACGGUACUAUUACGAUUAUUAUUAUUAUUAUUUUUAUUAUUAUUGUCAUUGUCAUUAUGAAUAUUAUAAUUUUAUUAAUAUCAAUUUAUUAUUUAUAAUUACUAUUGUGAAACCGCGUACAUGCUAGUAAGAUGAGAACUAUUUUGUCUCAACUGGCGUGUGGAACUGAUUACAUAUAAAAGUAUCAUUUUUAUAAAAGAAAAACGGAACACCAUUUCACCGCGCCUUUUCCAUUUCAUUACGUAUGUUAGAAUCAUUAUCUGAGAAUUUUUUCUCGCGAAAUCGAAUGAGAGCAACCUAUUUCGAAGUACAAGCGGAGGCCCAUUCUUAAUUUAGCAUUUUAGAGCGUUGUGAAAGUUGUAUAAAAAUUUAUUAUUGUUUUUUGUAUUUAUAAAAUUUAAUAUAAAUGAAUAAAAAAAACUGUGAGUUUCCAAAUGUGUGGUAUGUUCG